AUGCAAAUGAGGAUAGUUAUGUCUGCAUUCCCUCCGUAUCGCUCGCUUUCAUUCACUUCUCACACCAACUGUCUGCAGCCAAAGCAAAAACACUUCCCUCGUGACUUGAGCUGAGUGACUGGACCCAAAAUCAUGGCAAAGAACUUCUUUGGAAAACUGAAAAACCUUGGACCUACAGCUCCACCCAGGAGGACAGAUGACUAUGCAGGGAAUGAGUGGCCACAGAAAGAGUCUGAUGAUGACGAGGGUGACAUGUAUGAGGAACCUCCCCGUGAUCCCCAAACAGUGAACAGAGAGAACAGACCGAGAGAAGAAGAGCCUAAUGUCUAUCUGGGGAUGUCCUUCGAUCCUGCUUUAUUUGCAGAGAGGCCGGCGGCUCCCUCGCCUCCUCAGAGGCCGGCGGCUCUCCCACCCAGACCAGCCAAACCCUUGAAACCUCAGCAACAUGGUGAAGAUUUCUUCUUUGAUCCCCAAAACAAGAAAGGGGAGUGAUCUUACUGACGCACAAACUGAGCAUUCGUCUUUUCUUUGCUGGUUAAUUUGCUGUAUAACCCGUCUGUAAAGCUAUUAUACCCUUUUCUUCAGCACCUAAGAACAGAACUGAGAAACCUGUGAGAGAGAACAUGAUGCCUACGCCCCUAGUCCGCUCCGCUCCUGUUCCAAACCCUGCGUCUAACACUGAGGAAGGUGAGUAUGUGGAUCCAAUUGAAGCACAGAAUUCCCCCUGGCUUUCCUCGAAUGAGUUAGAAACAGCUUCUACAGUUGAAGUGAGACACAAACCCCUCCUCUCCAAACCCCCCCCACCGACUCCCAGUAUUAAGCCCCCUCUACCGGCGAAACUGAAGCAAGCUAAAAACAGUCCUCCUGUGAAGGACGGUAAGCCCGCUGUCUCCUUAGGUGGAAUGAAGGCAACCAAACAAUGGGUGAACGAGGACAAAGAGUGGUUUGCUGGGAAUUCCAACAGGAAGAUGGCCGAGGAUCUUUUACUGAGGGUCAACAAGGACGGCGCAUUUCUGAUACGACAUAGCUCAGCUCAGGGCAGCCGCCAGCCGUACACUCUCGCUGUGCUCUACCAGCAAAAGGUGUACAACAUUCCCAUCCGCUUCCUGGGGGAGACUCGAGGUUACGCUCUUGGAAAAGAGGGCAAGAAGACCGAAGAGAUUUUCGGCUCCCUUGACGAGAUGAUUUCCCACCACAAAAAUAACCAGCUGCUUCUGAUAGACAGCAAGAGCCAGGCCAAGCACACCACGUAUUUAACGUAUCCUGCACGCCCUUCAUUCUAAGAUCUAUUCAGAUGAGAAUAAGGAUAAAAGCAUAGUUUGAAAGUUUUCUGUAGGUCUAUUAAUGUGUUACAAAACUGUAAAUACCACUAACUGCUUUAACAUCAUCAAGAUGUCAUCUUUAUAAAGUAAAAUAGAUUAUCCAAACUUCUAAUGCACCUAGAACAGAGAAUAUAUGUUACAAACUGACUUGACGACACCUUGAGGUUCAAGCUCAGAGAUAUUCCUGUUUUGUUAUCAAUUCAUAGAAAGGACUACAAAGUUUUGCUAAAACGUUCACCGGUGAAAAAGGAAAACCUGUUGCCAAGUGAUGAUGUUGCUGUCUUAUCAACAGAAUCUAACUCCCAUUGAAACAUUCAGACUGUAUAAUUCUGCUGAUCAUCAAAACAGUUUUCAUCUGAAAUGUCAUGAUCAGUUCCAUUUAGUAAUGUCUGAUGAAGCAUUAAAAUAAAUGUCUGCAUCGUUUUAAUGUUUGUGAUGAGUACAUUUUUUUACAUAUUUGGUGUGUUUCUUUGCACAGGAUCAGUUUAGUUUGACUCAGAUUUUCAAUAUAAGCUAUGUGUUAACAGGUGUCUUUUAUUUGAUAUUGUGAAACAAAGAAUAAAUCAUUUCUAUUCCAUUCAUUUUACUCCAGUUCAUAUUUACUGUUGUUGACCAGUAACAAGGAGUUAGCCAGAAUAAUGGCCUUCAUUAUGCUUUUUUGUGGCGUGUAUUUGUGUAACGCUUCAUGUGUGGACCCAACGGCACUCACACGACUCCAGCGAUCUUUUGACCUUUUAUUUAAAGCUCCAGAAACCGCAUUUAGUGUCAGGGUUUUUGGACUGCAGUACCCCAAAGGACCAUGUGGGGUCCUCAGUGAUCCAGUUUAUCCUGUCACAUGUGUGUGGUCUUGAUUGUUUUCAUUGUGUUCAUCUGUGCCUUGUUUUCUAGCCUUUAAAAGGCCCCCUGAGUUCCUUUGUGUUUGCCAAGUCUUGGCACUUGCCACCUGGAGCUUAGCCACGUGAGAUUCUAGAUGCGCUACCUCUUAUCCUUUUUGGUUUUUGAGAUCUUUUGUUGCCUCUCAUUUGGGACACCCUUAGGUACCUUGUUAAAUGCCCAGACCUUGUUUUUAGUUGUCUAGAAAUAUUUUUGAGUUACUGUCAAGCUUAUGGAAUCCUCUGCUCUUUUCAAAUAAAGAAACCUUUUUUGAUUCCCUACAAA